ACGAACUGUGUCAGUUCUCUUGGCAAGGAGGGAGAAAGAGAGAAACACACACACACAGAGAGAGAAACACACACACACAGAGAGAGAGAAACACACACACACACACACAGAGAGAGCGAGAGCGCGAGAGAGAGAGCGAGAGAGAGAGAGAGGAAACUCUCUGGUGCCGCAACACUCAUCUGCUUCUCUAACCUAAGCAGUUCCACUGCUUAUUUCACCCGAGGUCUAUUGUUUUUUUAUCAAGAGACAUCAUUUUUUUUUUUCAUUUUCCAUUUCAAAGAAGAAAACAAUUCUCCAUACAUGAGAAUAAUCAUUUAAAUUGGGAUCAUUUCAGCAGAGUAAAGGCUUCCGUCAUGACAACGAGGGAGCUCCUGCUUCUGGCUGUUCACCUCUCCCUGGUAAUGUCUGAAUGUAAGCUUGGACAUACAUCUUGCAUUGAUUCUGACAAAUGCAAGGAGUACUCGUCUCUGUGCGGGCAAAACGCAACGUGUGUCAACACAAACGGCAGCUUCCACUGCGAGUGUAAGAAUGGCUUCAAAACUUCGGGAAAGAAGAUGCAACGCUUUAAGCCUUUUGAGAGGGAAACAUGUAGAGACGUAUGUGAGAUGGAUAAGACAAUCUGUGGAAAUGGAACAUGCCACAAGGGAAAAGAUGGUUAUGUGUGUGCAUGCCACGCCGGAUUCAGCAACUACGGCAACAAGAGCUCCCGUUGUGUUGAAUUAAACUGUGAGGUGUUCAUGAAUGCGUUGAAUCAACAAGAGAGUGAUCCAUAUGUAACUAGUGUCCUAAGGAUGUUGAAGGGCAGCUGUCUGAACCUAAGCGAGAGCGAAACUCCCACCAGCUUGGACGGAGACGAAUUUCUUGAGAGGCUGUUGUCUAUGAUAGACAGGCUCCUGUCGGGCGGAACCGUUUUGGAUAACAAGCAGGUAUCCUUCAUCCUGAGUCUAGUGGAGAGCAGCCUGGGUCUGAUCGCUCCCUUCAUGAGCAAGAAGAGAACGCAGGUCUCCAAAGCUCACACAGAGUUGGAGCUGCUGCUGUUUAAAGGUCCUGGUUUCCCCCAGGGCCCCGCGACAUUGUCAACUAAACAUGCCGAGCUGCAGAUACAAUGGGAAACAGCUGCUGGAAAAAACUCCACUUACCCAGGCUUUACAGCCCUGAUCUUGCUGAGCUACUCAACCUUGGAGAACUCCACCAAUCGGUCCUUUAGUGGGAUCAAAGUAACAAAAGAAAUCAGCCUUCAGAUGAAUUCUAAAGUGGUUACGGUUAAAGUUAGUAACCCAGACACUGCCGCCCUCCAAGUGCCGGUGACAUUAACCUUCAACCAUCUGCAAAGAACAGACAAGGCCAACGACUCGAUCUGUGUUUACUGGGACUCGGAGGCCGACGGCGGGUCCUGGUCGACUGAUGGCUGCGACACCCUCCACUCAGGUGCUAACUACACGCUGUGCUCCUGCAAGCACCUCAGCAGUUUCGCUGUCCUCAUGGCCCUUCACGACAUAGAGGACCCGUAUGAGAUGAAGGUGUUCACCUGGGUGGGUCUGACGCUAUCACUGGUUUGCCUCUUCGUCUGCAUCCUGACUUUCGCCCUGAUCCGCUCCAUCCAGAGCCCCAGGAACAGCAUUCACCUCCACCUGUGCCUCAGUCUCUUUGUCGCCAACCUGGUCUUUCUUUGCGGCAUCACUCGCACAGAGAACCAGACCGGCUGUGCUGUGGUGGCAGGGCUGCUGCAUUACUUCUACCUGGCGGCCUUCUGCUGGAUGUGUCUGGAAGGCAUUCAGCUCUUCAGGAUGGUGGUCCUGGUCUUCAACAUCAGCUUCCAGACGGUCCGCAUGAUGGCUGUGGGCUACGGAGUACCGGCGGUGAUAGUCGCCAUCUCCGCACUGGUCAAUUCCGGUGGAUACGGCACAGAGAAAAAUUGUUGGUUGAACUUGGAAGGUUCGUUCAGGUGGAGUUUCUUCGGUCCUGUCUGCUUCAUCAUCACAGUGAACAUUUUCUUCUUCUUUGUCACCGUGUGCAAGCUGGCACAGAAGUUCUCAAGUUUAAACCCUGACUUAGACAACUUACACAAGAUCAAAGCUUUCACUAUCACCGCUGUGGCCCAGCUGUGUGUACUUGGCACCACGUGGAUCUUUGGCUGUUUCCAGUUUGGGAACAGCCCGUCAGCCAUGUCUUACGUGUUCACCAUCCUCAACAGUCUGCAAGGCGUUCUGCUCUUUGUAAUGCACUGCCUGCUCUACAAACCGGUAAGAGAUGAGUAUGGAAAGAUAUACUCCAGAUUCUUCGCACCACAGAAAAUGUACUCAGUGUUCACUUCCUCUCAGUCAAGCAAAGCACAGAAUUCCAAGAGUUCCAAGAACACUGGGGAGUCUGGCAUUUGAAGUGGUGUCGGAAGGCUGAAGCUUGUAGAGUGGAGCUUUGUAUGUCUUUGGACACCCUCCAGCUUCUUCGGGGAGAAGUCCCUGUUCUUAUUCUCCAUAUAUUUGAAAAAUGUUGCCUUCCUAGUAGCUGGUUGGUUGCACUGCAGUAUCGAAAAGCCCUGCUGUUCAGUGCAACUGAACAGCCCUCCCCUUAAACUCUCCCACUUCCAGAUCAGGUUUCAAAUGUGUCUCUUUUUGUGAGUGUUAGUCCACAGGGACACACAAAUGUAAUGGAGGAAUAAUGGCUAUUCAGUCAAUGAAUGAAACAUAAAUUUGAUGGAUUUUCCAAAUGGUUUCAUUACUCCAUGAAUGUAAAUACGAAUUCUCAGGGUUUCUUAGUUUGACCUUUAACCUCUGUAAUGACAAUCUUACAAAGAGAAGACUGAAUGAAUGUUUCGUUUUUAGUGCAGCAAUCUAUGGUUAAUUUUGUUUGUUGUGUAUAUAAUUGUUACGCUGUAGACAAAACGCUCUCACUUCCUUAAUUGAAAGUGGAAAAUAGGAUAGAGAUAUGUUUAAAAUGUACAUUUGUGUUUAUAUUGUUAUUUUGUGUAAGGCGUUUAGGCUUUAAUAAUGUAUGUAUGUAGUGCCAAAAUGGAGUGAUAGGAUUGUUGAUCAAUCUCUAUCUUCACUGUGAAGAGAUUCUUUAAUAAGGAACCAAAAGACGACGAGUUCUUGGUAUACACUGAGGAGUACCUUAAUAAUUGAAUCAUUAAGAUAUACAUUUUAGCCCUCUUGAUGUCAGAUGAUGUUUAAAUGUUGUUUGUGGCAGCCUUGAAGCUCUGUCGCCGAAGACUCUUAAACACGACUUGUUUGCUGCACAUGUUGUCCUUCAAUAUGCGAAGGACGUUGACUUCUGCAAUAAAACACAAAUCAUAGCUCUGCUUUCCUCACUUGAAGUGGUGUUUUUCCUAAUAAAUAACACAAACGGGUUGCUAGAUCGGUGCUAUGGACCACUGCAAAUCUCAAUGGCUUGACCUGAACUGAAUUGCAGGUGAAACAUGAAGUUAAUAGAACAUAAUUACCUUUAGAGGUGAGGCCUUAGGAUUUAUGAGGACAUUAGUAGUUUUAGAAACAAGAAAGAAAUGGCCUUAAGAGGUGAACCAGAUUAAUUAUACACCUGAAUUAUUAUUUUAUGAAAAUAAUAAAAAAUAAUAAAAUUAAAAAAAUUAAAAGAGCACAAAUGUUUAUUUGUCGUGCACAAACGUGCACAAACGAUGCACAAAUGAUUGAGACACAUUUGAACCGAUUCGGACAAUAUUGGGGUGCUGAGUGACGUCAUGUUUACAAAAUGUAAUGUUUGAUAUCUCAAAAACGGUAUGAGCACAAAUUUUCAUUUGUCGUGCACAAGCGUGCACAAACGAAGCACAAACAAUCUGAAAUAGUUUGACAUGUUUUUUUUACACAUGGGGUGCCAACUUCACGCAGGUCUAGCUGGCGGCUUCUAGAAUGUCCGCACUUGCGGACAUCUUGCCAGUCAGCUGCUCACCCAUAACAUUGUGUUGGUAGAGGUACAUGUACUUUAUAAGUAACCAUAACUUGCUACAUUUUCAACCGUUUUACCAACGGUUGGGUUACUUACAAACCUUAUUAACGUGGUUAUAAUAUUGUACCAACUUUAGAACUUUUCAAUUUUUUUUUUAAUCUAACAUAAUUAUUCAUCAGUAUCAAAUAUGCAGUGCCGUAACUACAUCUCUGACGUUUAUAACAAAACAAACCGUUUGAAAAUGUAGCAAGGUGGUUAAGGUUAUUUAAAAAGUACAUGUACCACUACCAAGUCAACACAGUGUUAUGGGUGAGCACUGAGCAGCUGACUGUGGCAAGUUGGCCGCCAGUGCGGACCUUCGACUCCAUUGGCCAGCAGAAUAUGCAUGUGUACGUUU